AUGCAGCUAGUUAAUUUAAGAAACAGAAGAGUGAGUGCUAAUGAUGUAAUGGGAGGAAGUUGUCAUAAUUUAAUAGGGUUAAGUGGUAUGCAUGAUCUGUCCUCUAACAGCAAUCCAAGAUGCUGUCCUUUGGAAGGAAUUGUGGAUGUGUCAGGGAAUUCAAGUAAAGAGGCAUCCAGUGUAAAGAGGCAUCAAUCUUUUCCAAACAUAGAAGGACAAAGUACUAAACUGUUUUUAGAGUCUAAGCCCAAACAGGAAUUCCUGUUGAAUCUUCAUUCAGAGGAAAAUAUUCAAAAGCCAUUCCAUGCUGGUUUUAAGAGAACCACUACUUUGACUGCUCAAGACCAAGAGGAGUUGUGUAAUGGGAAAUGCAAGUCAAAACAGCUUUAUAGGUCUCAGAGUUUGCUUUUAAGAAGUAGUACAAGAAGGAAUAGUUGUAUCAAUACACCAGUGGCUGAAAUGAUCAUGAAACCAAAUGUUGGACAAAGCAGCACAAGUGUGCGAACAGCUAUGGAAAGUGAACUCGGAGAGUCUAGUGCCGCAAUCAAUAAAAGACUCUGCAAAAGUUCAAUAGAAUUUUCAGAAAAUUCUUUACUUCCAGCUUCUUCUGUGUUGACUGGUACACAAAGUUUGCUGCAACCUCAUUUAGAGAGGGUUGCCGUCGAUGCGCUACAAUUAUGUCAUUUGUUACUUCCGCCACCAAAUUGUAGAAAGCUUCAACUUUUAAUGCGUAUGAUUUCCCAAAUGAGUCAAAAUGUUGAUAUGCCCAAACUUCAUGAUGCAAUGGGCAAGAAAUCACCGAUGAUACAUACCUUUUCUCAGUGUGUGCUAUGCUGUGCUGAAGAAGUGGAUCUUGAUAAGCUUCUGGCUGGAAGAUUAGUUUCUUUCUUAACGGAUCAUCAUCAGGAAAUUCUUCAAGUACCAACUUAUUUACAGACUGCAGUGGAAAAACAUCUUGAAUACUUAAAAAAGGGACGUAUUGAAAAUCCUGGAGAUGGACUAUUUGUUCCUUUGCCAACUUAUUCAUACUGUAAGCAGAUUAGUGCUCAGAACUUUGAAAAGCAAAAAGUUUCUACCUCUCAAGCUGCAAUUACAGAACUUUUAGAAAAUGUUAUUAAAAACAAGAGUUUACCUCUAAAGGAGAAAAGAAAAAAACUAAAACAGUUUCAGAAGGAAUACCCCUUGAUAUAUCAGAAAAGAUAUCCAACCACGGAGAGUGAAGCAGCACUUUUUGGUGACAAACCUACAAUCAAGCCACCAAUGCUGAUUUUAAGAAAACCAAAGUUUUGUAGUCUAAGAUACUAACUGAAUUAAAAAUUAUGUAAUACUUGUGGAACUUUGAUAAAUGAAGCCAUAUCUGAGAAUGUAGCUAAUCAAAAGGAAGUCUGUUAUUAAUAAGGUAUUUCUAAAUAAGCACAUUAUGUAAGGAAGUACCAAAAUAGUUGUUUAUCAAUGUGAGACUCCUAGGAGACUAACUAGAUCUCAACUGAGAGCACAUAACAAUAGGCGAUACCAAAUACUUUUUGUUUUUAACACAGCUAUCCAGUAAGGCUAUCAUGAUAUGUGCUAAAAUUUUAUUUGCUUGAAUUUUGAAAAUUGAGCUGUGUUCAUUAAGAUUAAACUAUAAUUCUGUUUUUAAAAGAAAAUGUAUCUGCAUAUGUGCAAGUUCUGAGAUAUUAGCUAAUGAAUUAGUUGUUUGGGGUUACUUCUCUGUUUCUAAGUAUAAGAAUGUGAAGAAUAUUUGAAAACUCAGUGAUAUAAUUCUCAGCUGCCAAAUGUUGCACUCUUUUGUAUAUUCUUUUUCCACUUUUGAUCUAUUUAUAUAUAUGUAUGUGUUUUUAAAAUAUGUGUAUAUUUUAUCAGAUUUGGUUUUGCCUUAAAUAUUAUCCCCAACUGCUUCAGUCAUUCAUUUGUUCAAUAUAUAUAUAUUUUGAAUUCUAAUUUGCAUAAUCUAUUAGAAGGUGGGGACGUAAAAGAAGUAUAAGGCAAUCAUAUAUUCAUUCAAAAGAUGCUUAUUUAGCAACUGCUAUGUGCCUUUCAUUGUUCCAGAUAUGUGGAGACAAUGAUAAAUAAAACAUAUAAUUUCUUCUGUAAGGUAUUUAUUUUUAAUCAAGGGAGAUACACCUAUCAGAUGCUUAAAAUAACAACACUGCCUACUGCCAUCAGGGCAUAUAGAAUCAUUCAGCUCAAGACUGACUUCUAUGAUGAUGGAACAGGUCUCUAAGCUAGUGGUUUUCAAAUUGGUGCACAUUAGACUCACCCGAGGAGUUUUAAAACAGCCUAUAUGCCCAGGGCCUAACUUACACUAAUUAAAUCUGAAUUUUAGGGAUGUUGUAUAGGGAUUAGUAUUUCUUUUAAUCUAGGUGAUUCCAGUAUUCAGCCAACUGUGAGAAUCAAUGUCCCAAGUGCUUUUUAUAAACAUUUUUAUAAGUGUCAAGAUAGUGGCACAUUGACUUUAUUUUUUCAUUGGAAGAAAAUGCCUGCCAAGUAUAAAUGCCUCUCAUCUUAAAACAAGGUUCUUCAGGUUUCUGCUUGAUCGACUUGGUACAAACUUGAAGCAAGUUGCCUUCUAUUUUUUACUCCAAGGUUGUUUAAUAUCUAUUCCUUAAGUGUAAAGAAAUAUAUAAUG